UCAAGUCACUAAGGUGGUGGUGAUGGUGAAGGUACGUAGGUACGUACCUCUCUCGGAAAAAGACCUUGACUCUAUGUUCUACGUGUUUUGUAGUUUCCGUUUUGUGCAGUGAAGUGAUUCGAUCCUGAUUUUCUAACUAGAUAGCCAUCCAGAGAUGUCCCUACACCUGCCAUGAGCUCCUGAAUCCGAUGUAGAGGCUUCUUUCAAAAAUGCUUCGUAGCUGCUUAUUGGUUGCCGCAGCAAUUGCAGUCUCCUGGGCGACUGCUGCGGUGCCCUGCGGAGACAGACGAUGCGAAGACUCCGAGUACUGCAGAGAAGGUCAGCUGUGUCAUCCUUGCGAGGACAUCUGCGACCCCCACAGUCCCAACUAUGAUUCUGACCCUUGCAAGAAGAACUGUGCAGAUUACCUCCUAAUUAAGAUGUUUGUAAGCAGAGAUGAAUAUAACGCCGCAGUUUCAAGAUUUUAUUUCUACACGGCAGCUGCCCUGGUCGUCUCCAUGUUGGUAUUAGUGCUGGUUCUGGGAGCGUUCUUCUUCAUUUGGCUCAAAUAUCAACGAGUCCGAGGGUACAACACUGGGGCUAUGAAGAAGAAGAAAGUCGAGGCUAUGAAGGCUGUCUGUGUCAACGAGGUGGACGGUAAGAAGAAUUUGAAACUGGAGAUUGGAGUCCCAAACACAGACAACAAAGAUGUGCCACAGAGUGCCUUAACCACUAUGACUCCGUUGAGUACGAGGCAUCCGUCUGAAGACGCUACAUUGGAGUAUGCCUACGACAAUCCAGCUCUCACACCGUCGCCUCUCUUCGGGAAAACCCAUCCGUCCUCGACGCCUCAAGCCGCCACAUCGCCUAACUCCACUCCUAGAGUUCCCAGGACUGAAACUAGCUUUUAGAGGAAAGUAAUCAAAGUGUGAAACCUUGCAUUUAAAAAUGAACUUAUUAGCGUAGUUAGUGAAAUGCACUUUUGUGCUAUUUACGAAGAUUGUUUUGGAUAGAAUUACUGAAAUCCUUUUGAGUUUAUUUUUGGUUUACGAACAAUCCUACUCAAAUGUGCUGCCAUUGAUUGGCUGACUGGUAGAACAUCUGCCGUUAUUUUAGAAUCUCUGACUAUGUUGACUUUGUGAUAAGUUGUUUUUACAAUUGCUUUAAAACUUCCCUAGAGAUAUAUGAUUGUAAAUAUUUUGUUAUGCAUUUCAGUGAGCUGAUUUAAAAGUAUUAGUUUUGUACAGGAACUGUAAGUUCAGUAUUAUUUUCUAAGUGAUAUCCAUACAUUACAUUCCAAACUUGUGUAAUAUUUUAGUACUUAGGUGUUUUUAUAGCAAUGAUUAAUGCAUUUUUAUAUUAUUGUACUUAUAUUGAGUUGUAGGUUGUAAAUAUAGAUAUUCUAUAAAUCUUGAGUAUUUUUUAUGUUAUAAUAAUGCUUAGUUAGGCAAGUUCACAUGGAAAAUAAUUUAUAGAACUCCCUGCUCGGCAAGCCUUGUAUGGGAACUAUCAUGCUCGUACUUAACACCUUCAAGGGCGUGUCCCAUUUCAAACAUUUUGUCAUAGUUUCAACAAAAAUACAAGGUAAGCAGAACUCGCCCCAAAAAUACACAACACUGUUUAAUAUAGACUAUUUCAACAGUUUUUUUUUUUGCUUUUCUUAUAAAAGGUUAUGUUUUUAAACCUUUCCAAUACAUUAUGUGUGUUGGAAAAAAGAUUAAAACGGUUGUUGUAAAAAAAAUUAAAAAUGUAGUCUCAACUUCAGUUUAGAUGCAGCUUGCAAUAGAAAAAAGUACACCCAAUAUAAGAAUACAAUAUGAAUGUGUUCUCUUAUCAAAAGAUAACACAUAAUGUUUUUCUAAUUGAGUAAGUCAUCACAUCUGCCCACUUGUUUACUUCAAAAGUAAACAUAUCACAAGAAACUUUCACACAGAUAUUAGCUAAUUGAAUAUCACACAAUACAGCAAUACAAGAAGAAUAUUACGUAAAAAAGUGUUGCUGUAAACGGCAAUUCAUACAAGCUCAAAAUAUGUCAAGUAUAUUUUUGGUACCUAUAUUAUAGUCAUGGAAAAAAAACAUUAUCUAUUGUACAAAAACUUAAGGCAGCUGGUUGUCAAGUGCAUAUUAUGUGAUGGUCAUCUGUUAUUUAGGUUAAGCGCACAAAAUUGUUUGGUUUAAGAAAUAAUACCAUUGUUGCAAUCUGCCAGACCAUCUUUGAAUACUUAUUUUUUCUUUCACUAUGGACAUCACUACUCGUAUAAUCAUCACAAAUACCAUCACUCCUAAGUAUACCAGGUUCUUCGCAAGUUUUUUUGAAAUAGGUUUAUAGUAUUAAAAAAAAUUACGAUAUGUUAAACAAUAAAUUCCAAGUCCCAGCUAUGUUAGGGGGUCUGUCCAAUUUUUUAGAGUUAAUAGUUUUAAAUCACCAAGCACACCUUGUUAUUGGUAACACUUUUUUUGAUGAACACUUUUUGCUUAUGCAAUCACUUUUGUUAUAUACACUGAUAUUGAAAUACAUAUUUUACGCUUGAUUUUGUAGCAUUUAUCAAACAGGACAUCUGUUUAGAUCAGAGAAACUGUCCUGAUGCCAUUGGAAUUGUCAGAGAUAAUGAUACUGAAUGAAUAAUAUAGUGUUACCGUAAUUCAUUUUAAUGAAUAUAUUUAUUGUUGAAUGCAAUAUCUUAGUGUAUCAAAAUGCAAUAACAUAGUCUUUCACUAGUUGUAAAGGUGUUAGCCUACAAGUUUAUUUCAAUCAAAAUUUUUACUAGUAGAAAUUUGUUAUGAAUAAAACUUAGGCCUAUAUACUAUUUUUACAGAAUAUUGUAAUUAUGAAGUUUUUUUUAAUUUGAGAUGUGUUGAAUACUUUCAAAUCUUAUUUACGAUAUUUAAACUCUUAAUUUAUGACGUUGUAUGUAGAUAUUAUUUAAUCACACAUUUAGUUUAGGGUGAAACUACAGUAACAAACACAGAAGAAAGAAUCAGUCUCAAAAGAUGCUUUUGGUCGUAUAAAAAAAUAUCAUUGUUGAAGGUCAGCUGAAGACUAUUUUAUACCGAUUGUUUUUGUCCAAUUAUGUGUUCAGUAUUAUCUUCUGUAGCCAUUAUAAAGUACACGUUAAAUCAGGCUUUUUAUUUUACAAGAGAUUAUAAUUAUAGCUGUGUCAAUGGUAAUACUUUAUCUAAAACUCUAAAAGCGAGUCUGCACAUUCGGCAUUCGCGCAGACAAUUGGCGAGUUUUUGUUUUGGAAUUUGCCGAUUUCCGAGCAGAGGUGCCUACAUAUUUGUCACUUUCCAUAUCAAAAUGCAGUUCCCUGCUCUUGGAAAUAUUCAUACGUUUUGAUGUGUGAGAAGACCAAAACGGAGCAAGAAACGGCGAGCAGUGACAUUCGCUGAAUGACAAAUAGACAAACAUGCAUCUACAUUAGUCGUGAUUCGGAGAGUACCUGCCCAGCAUUUGGCAAAAUGUGCGGAACCGUCUUAAGGAUUACAAUCAGAGCACUUAGUAUUUGAUUCUUUCUUCUGUAAAAAAACAAUCACAGCAAUAAAGCAAACAAACUGUGUUAUUAAUGGAUUUUACAUUAAGGAAUCUCUUAUUCUCUAGGUUAAGUGUUGUAUUUUUAACUUAAGUGUAAAUAUGUUGUAUGUAUGUUGUUGAACAGCAUGUGCCUGAUCAGAAAAUCCGUCCCAUUGCACAGAGUAAUCUUACGUCCAAUUGGGUUACUCUGUGUUGUAUGUAUAUAUAUAGUUAUAGUUCGUAAUGCUAAGUGAUGUGUUGGUAAAACUGUAUAUUAUUUGUUGAAAUGAUGUAUUAUUUUACCACCGUGUUAAUAACACUGCAAUUGAAUAAAUUAUUUGACUAUAA